AUGGAGUUCUCCGAGAGGAAGAGGAGCAGGAAAUCCCAGAGCUUCAAACUGGUGAGCGGAGAUUACCAUCAGGAGGCAUAUAAGAUCUCAGAAUUCAGCAACAAUGUCAAUGGGGAGGCCAAAGAGACACAAUCCAUUUUUUUAGGAGGUGAAAGCAUGGAGAUUAAGAAACAAAUCACAGGCAUGAGAAGACUGCUGAACGACAGCGCGGGGAGGAUCUAUCAGCGUGUGGGCAAGGAGGGAGAAAAACUGAAGGAAGAACCCCAGGAUGUGGACUCCCUCUGGCCCCAGCGUCUGAACGCCACCGAGGCCCCGCCAAGCCUGCACCCUUCUCGGGGUGUGUGGACCGAGUUCCCAGCCCAGAGCGGGCAAUUCGCGGGGCAGUCUGGCCCCCGCCCCAGAACCUUCCAGGCUCAGCACCACACUGCUGGGAGCUCCAACGGAGAACUUCCAGUGGCGAAUUCAUUGGUUGGAUCGAACUGCUGUACUUGUAACUGCCAGUCAACAUUGCAGGCAAUCCUCCAAGAACUCAAGACCAUGAGGAAAUUAAUGCAAAUUCAAUCAGUUGGAACCCAAAACAGACAACAACCCCCAAUUUCCCUUAUAUGCUCCCAGCGAACUGCUGUCUCACGCAAGAGAAAUAAAAAGAAAAAAGUGCCCCCAAAGACUGUUGACCCUGCUACUGUGAAACAGAAGCCCGGUGUGCUAGAGACUGAGAAGACCGCCGCGGCCUCGGACCAGGCUGUCCCCCAGGCGGCCGAGCGCACCUCCGCUGGGGAGAACCGCGUCCUAGGAUUUGGCAUUGUUCUGGAAUCGCCUUCCUCAGAUCCAGAAGUGCAACUUGCUGAAGGCUUUGAAGUGUUUAUGCCUAAAUCUCAGCUGGACUCUAUAUUGUCAAACUACACUCGCUCAGGAAGCCUUCUGUUUAGAAAACUGGUGUGUGCAUUUUUUGAUGACAAGACUUUGGCUAACUCCUUACCCAAUGGGAAGAGGAAAAGAGGACUCAAUGACAACCGGAAAGGACUAGACCAAAAUAUUGUGGGUGCAAUAAAAGUCUUCACAGAAAAGUACUGUACGGCUAAUCAUGUGGAUAAACUUCCUGGCCCGAGAGACUGGGUACAGAUUCUACAGGAUCAAAUUAAACUGGCCAGAAGAAGGUUAAAAAGAGGCUCAGCAGAGGUAGCUGACAGUGAUGAAAGACUGGACAGCGUCUCUCUACCCCCAACAGGUAAAAAAGCCUGAGGCCCAGAAACUAAAUGACUUUCUCAAGGUCUCACAGCUGGUUGGUGGCCUAGCCAGAGCCCAGGCCUCUCGACUGCCGGUCAUUACACCGCAUAACUUUCUUAUACCUAAGCCAAAGCCAGCUUUCUCUGCAUGUUUCUUAAAGAUCCCAAGAGUUGGUGGAUGUACUGAACCCUGUAGGAUUCCAUCUCAGUGUCUCACAGUCUCUGCAAUUAGAAUGUCCGUCGUGAGUCCCCGAGUCCACUGCAAUUUCGAACUCGUGGAAUUCUUUCUGGAACAUUGCCCAACGCUGUGACGUCAUAACGCAGAUAGGACUAGGACGGCCCUGCACGUCUUUUCACUAGAUUCUUGGUAGAUAUUUGACACAAAUCACUAAACACCACGAUAAAUAAUUCUGUCUAUCACUUAGAAAAGGGGGAAAGAAUUCCCAGUUUUGGUGCCCAAAAUUUGCAGUAAUGAAAUUAAAUAAUCUUGAUUGAAGUAGCCAGUGUCUUGAAUGCUGCCAGAGUAAAAGGCCAGUCUGGCGGUUUCUCUGAAUACAAGGCUAUGACUGACCCCUCCUUCCUGCACCCCAAGGAGCGUAGCCGAGGGGUGAACUUCGCCUUUCUUGUACGGGAGCUUCUUCCUGGGAUUUGAGACUCACUGGCCAAACCUUCUUUCUUGUGUUUAUCUGAGCUGGCAACAGUUGGUCCGUUUUAAAGAUUUAACAAAGCUUUUAUUAACUUUAAAUGUUUUUUUUUUCCCCUUCCAAAUUCAUGUAUAUUGAGCGGGGGGUGUGAAUCUAUGAACCAGAAUCAAGCAUGUCAGGGUUCUAGUCUGGCAGUCAAAUGACAUUUGUUUCAAUCCAUUACAUUUAAGCAACCUUCUGUGUCUAGUCUUAACAAAAAUGGGUACAGAUUUUAUAGUGGGAAAACAUUUUCUUUCUGGU